AUGGAGAAACCGAAAAGUGUUCGUGCUGAUUUGUGGAGGAGAUUCAAGAAACUUGAAGAAAGAACAAAUGAGUUAACAGAAAAGACCAAAAUUAAAUUAGAAAAAAGCAAUAAGAAAAAAAACAAAAAUGACAGUGACAACGUGGCACAGUACACAGAAAAAUCUCCUGCGAUACAAAAUGAAGAAAAAAGGAAGAAAGAGGAUCCAAGUACCCAAAGUUCUUGUUCCAUUGAAGAAAACAAUCCCAAAGUGAAAGACUUGCAAGAACUGAAUCAAUACCUGAACAUUAACAGCCACUUACAACCCUUUGCUGCCUCUUCAUCAGCUCCGAAGUCUGGUCUUGAGAAGAAAAUCAAUGAAGCCAUUUCCUUGGGAGAUAUUGAAACAGCAGUUUCUCUCAGUGACAGACUGGCUACAAGAGAAUUUGGUACAAAAAUUGCUGCAUCAUUUGAUGCCCGAGAAUACUUGAAAAGGAAAAAAGAAGAGGAAAUGUCUGUUAAGGCUAAGAAGAAGAAAAAACUUCCUUGGGGAUUUGAACACAAGCAACGUUGGGAGAUGAAAGGGAACAUGUAG